AUGAAGAACCUAGUCAAGCAAAUCCGAUUCCCCGCGCUCGAGGACAUCCUCAGCUUCGCACAAAAUGUCGCAGAAACCUCGGGCCGAUGGGUCAACUGGCAGAUCAUACGGGGCAUGCGACAUGUAUGGUGGGAGACGGACUGGGACGUGCUAUCCCGAUGGGCGCAAUCGAUCAUCGAAACAGAAGAGCGCCUGCGCGAAAUCACCCAACGCGAGACGUUCGUCAAGAAGAAUAUCCAUAGAUUCCACAACGGCUCCGACGAAGCAGCCAAAUUGGUUCUGCCGGAUUUCAUCGAAGAGCUGAUCGCUCUGGACCACGAGUACACGCGCCUCGAGCGGAUAUACGAUACCCUCCUAGCGGGCUGUCCCGUGGGCCCUAUCAAGAGCGGAUAUCUGUGGAUUCGAAAGCAGCCGCAGUGGCAUCUCAGGAAUGAGUGGUUGCGCCAGGAUUGUGCGAGGCGCGGUGGGUGCUGUGGUCGUCAGUGCAAAUGUUGUGAGAAACCGCCCGAUCCGAUGAGGAAGAAGGGCUGGGGUCAUUGUACGGCGAAGUGUGCUUGUUGUAAUGAUGUGCUUGAGGACGGAUUUCGACUGACCGAGAGAAAUCGGAGAACAUUGCAGCCGGAGUUUGAUCUUACUGUUUACCCGUGGAGUGAUUAUAGUCGAGAGAUGUUUCGUGCUUAUAUCUGGUCGCUUGAAUAG